UCCACCAUGAAAGUAUUCGUAGUGAUCGCAGCUCUCACAGCUUUCGCGGCGGCAAAGUCUGUACCGCUGGUGCCAGGGGAUAACAGCCACUAUGUGGAGGGCGAGACUCGCUACGUGUGGAUGCCGGACAGCAAGGGCCAACCUGUGCUCGUAGACCUCGAGCAGCCCGUCAACCAGGCUGCCCUCCAGGACCACACCAGGAAUGGCGCCAACAACCAGUACUGGCUCUUCACUAGGCAGAACCCUACCGCCAGGCAAGUGCUGGUCCACAACAACAUCAACAGCGUAUGGAACUCCAACUACCGCAACACUCGUGGAACAGUAGUCGUUGUACACGGUUGGAACAGCGACGGCAACCAUGAGAUGAACCCUGCCAUCAGGGAUGCCUUCCUCGCUGUGUCUGACGUCAAUGUCAUCGUAGUAGACUGGGGAGUGCUCGCCAACGACUGGUACUCCACCGCGGUAGCUGGAGUCCCCAGCGUUGGGCAACACCUUGGCAAUUUCCUCGUUUGGCUGAUUAACAACGCCGGAGGCAACUGGAACAACGUGCACUUGGUCGGCUUCAGCUUGGGCGCUCACGUCGUCGGCAAUGCUGGUCGCCAGGCUGGUGGUCAACCCGCGAGAAUCACCGGGUUGGACCCGGCUGGUUUCCUUUGGCAUAACAACAACAACCGCCUCCAGCCUAACGCUGGACGCUACGUUGAAGCCAUCCACACUGACGGUGGCCUGUUGGGUAUCUUGAACCCCAGCGGUCACGCUGACUUCUACCCCAAUGGCGGUACCAAUGAACAACCAGGCUGCUCUAACAGCAUCUGCUCUCACGGCCGAGCCCCUCAUCUGUUCGCGUCCACCGUUAGGACCAACCGCUUCUUGGGAAGACGCUGCAAUAACAUCUCCGAAGCUACGAGUCAAACUUGCAACGGAGCUACCAUGAACAUGGGCAACGGAAUAUUUAACAAAUCUGGAUCUGGAUUAUAUGGACUGACCACCGCUGGUACUUGGCCUUUCUAAACAGCUACACACGAUCAAGAAGACAAAAUUAAUAUUUUGGUAAUUUUCUCACGUUAAUAAAUGUAU